UGACAACCCUGCUUUGUGAACUUGAAUUCUACUGUUUUGUGUGUGCGCCGAUAAACCGAAUUGUGGUGAAAUAUUCGUCUCGAAACCAGGAGCACACACACGCACAUCUCCACAUCCUAACGCAAUGGGAGCCAGUACGUCCAAGGGAGUCGGAGUGGCCCAGGCAGCGGCUGCUCCAAGCAUUCCGCCGGCCGAGCCCGUCAAUGCCGCUGCCCCCGGCACCGGCGAGAAGCCCAAGUGCAAGGCUUGCUGCGCCUGCCCCGAGACGAAGCGUGCACGUGACGCCUGCAUUGUGGAGAAUGGCGAGGAGAACUGCUCGUCGCUGAUUGAGGCGCACAAGAAGUGCAUGCGGGAUGCCGGCUUCAAUAUCUAGAUGGUAGUCCUAUUCAAAGAGUCCCCAGUGCCAGAGACCCUUGAUCCAAUGCAACGCUCCUCCUCCCAUUGUUUUUGUUUCUGUUGUAUCUCAAGCUAAUUAUAGAUCUAAAUUAAUUGAAAAUCCCAGA